UGCGCUGCUUCGGCACGGAGGAAAGACUGUAAAAUUUAUAUAUAUUUCCACACACACACACACACACACACACACACACACACACACACACACACACACACACACACACACACACACACACACACACACACACACAAAAUCACUUAGGAUUUUGCGGUGGAUACAAAGCGAAGCUACUCGAUCUUUAUCCGUCGAUGAAAGCCUGCAAUUUAAAAAUGGUAUAAAACCAAACAAACACACAUAUAAAGAGGAAGAAGAAAACAUGCCCAAGGCUGAAGGUUGGACAACACGAGCGUGAGCGAGUUUUGUGUCUGAAAUCUGGAAGGUGGAAUAAAUAAUUAACACAGUAUUAUAGGAUGUGUUGAGUGCCGCAGUGCUUCAUCGAAUCUGUGCGACUGCGUGGAAAAGAUUUUGGAUGGGGCACACACAGUGCAUCUCCAAGUCAGCAGAUUGCCAAGCGUUCGUGGCUCAGAGCGGAAGCUGCAGGCUCGAUGAGCUCCGUACCGAGCCGCUCGUGACUCCUGUGAUCACCUCGGACCUCAUUCCUGAAAAACCUGACACCACAACUGGACUAAAGGAGCGCAGGCUGGAGCCGAACCGAGCGGAUUCCUCUGAGGAAGCCCAGCGAUUACAGAAUGCUAUGACGCACCUUCACAACUCGGGCUGGUACUGGGGCUCGAUAACAGCAGCCGAGGCUAAGCAGCAUCUGAACAAGGCUCUGGAUGGAUCCUUCCUGGUGAGAGACAGCUCGAACCCGGGUUACCUCCUCACGCUGUCUGUGAAAACCGAGCUCGGGCCUACGCACCUGCGCAUCGAGUACUCAAACGGACACUUCGGCUUCGACUCCGUCGUGAUGGCUCGUCCUCAUCUCCGCCAGUUUAAGGGAGCAGUGGACUUGGUGCAGUAUUACACUCUGGCUUAUCGCAGGCAGGCGACUCACCGAGAGCUCAGCACGGAUCCAGAUACAUUUCCGACCGCAACGGCAGAAAACACGCUGCAGCUGAAACUUACUAAACCGCUGCACAAGGCGGCGCCCAGUUUACAACACCUGUGUCGUGUAGUUAUAAACCAACAUUGUAACGAUCACGGAGAUUUACCUUUGCCCGAAAGGCUAAAAGACUUCCUGCGGGAAUAUCCGUUUGUACUCUAGACUAUACUCAGUAUUCAGUAUUACAUUUCAUUCACUGUUUCAAUAUUUCCUAAAACAAUCAGUCAAAUUUGACAAAAUCGUACGAUUCUUACGAUUCAAAUUUUUAAUAGUAACAAACACAAUAAAUCGUGAAAAAUUGUUUGAUCUUAACCACACUUAAUAUCCACACAAACCCACACUUUUUUUUUUUGUAACUGUUUUUGUGUGUAAUUUACCUACAAGCUAUUAAAACCCCUCCCCUUUCCCUAGUCUCAACCAAUCAGAGCUUUAAUUACGAACUGGAUCAUGAAUCACGAGUUCUUCCGAAUCGAAUUUAUCAAAGCUGUCAUUUUAAAUCAUUGUACGUCUCGAUGUUGUCGUAAUAUUGUAAAAACACCCGUUUACCUGCAGUAGCAAUUUAUCCGGAAAUGAAGCACGGGUGUGUGUGUGUGUGUGUGUGUGUGUGUGUGUGUGUGUGCGUGUCGUUUGGGGUUAUAAUGUCAAUGAUACGCCUGGUGUAUAAAUGUCGGCCACGAUAGUAACGUUGUGCGUUUUAUAGAGUUGAUCUAGUCAGAGUUUUUGGCAGCUGAAUUGGAAUACACUAAAAAACAAUACAGAAAUACAGAAAUUUUUUGUUUUGUUUUCUCCACAUAUUUUGCCAAAAUUCUGCCAUAUAUACAAGUGACACACUCCAUCGAUGUAAUCACUUUUUUCCAGUAUAGCGCAAUGCUCAUGAUAUAUACACUACUGUUGUACACCUAUAACUCAAUUCCACCACAAACACCAAAAUCAUCCAAAAAAAUAAAAAUCUGACAAAAGGUGGUGGAUUUUUAUUGACUUAUUACAAUAAGUAUUACAAGUUCAAGGUCAAAUAAAGAAUCCCAAGCGCCUCAAAAUCACUGACUCUUGCUUUCCUUAAUUGUAAACGAGCACUUAGGCUUUGAUGUGACAAACUAAACAUCAGAUGGAUGACAAAUUAUUAUGAGACACUUCCAAAAUAACUCUUUUGGGUUUUUUUAUACCCUGAUUAUUUCCAAAAAUCUAUGCAAACUACAAAUUUAUUUGAAAUCACUGUAACCCUGAGCAGGCAGUCACUAAGGACGGAGGAAAGAGCGCUGAAUAAAUGCGUUCGGUUUGAUCUCACAAUAAUUAGUACAUAUUCACAACCCUUCUUGUGACGAUCACAAGGCUUUGGUGUAUUGUUUUUAUAAAAUACAUGCUCGGAUCUCGGGGUCACGGUGGCUUAGUGGUUCGCACGUUCGCCUCACACCUCCAGGGUUGGGGGUUCGAUUCCCACCUCCCCCUUGUGUGUGUGGAGUUUGCAUGUUCUCCCCGUGCCUCGGGGGUUUCCUCCGGGUACUCCGGUUUCCUCCCCCGGUCCAAAGACAUGCAUGGUAGGUUGAUUGGCAUCUCUGGAAAAUUGUCCGUAGUGUGUGAUUGCGUGAGUGAAUGAGCAUCAUACAGUAAGCACCACUGACUCAUUAAAACCUUCCGCUCCAAGUAUUGAAACUUUCCUGUCAAAAAAAGUGAAAGAAUUCCUCAGUAAAGUACAGAUUAUUUAUAGA